AUGCGCUUUUCAUUUGACACACUCACGACUGUCCUAGCCUGUCUAUCGACUGGUUAUGCCUUACAGAUCCCCCCAAACACGCCGCUCUCCGAACUGAUCACCUCCGCCAAAGCACAUCUCGCCAAAGGUGAACCUCGUGAUGCCUUGGCGUACUUUGAUGAAGCUAUCCUGCGGGAUCCAACCAACUACAUUACCUUAUUUCAGCGCGGCGCGGCCUAUCUCUCCAUUGGCAAAAACCCACAGGCGUCCGAGGACUUUAAUCGCGUGUUGGAACUGAAGCCAGACUUUGAGAGUGCCCUACUACAACGAUCUCGCCUUAGAGCACGAACGGCUCACUGGAAAGAGGCGCUUCAGGAUCUUGAGCGUGCGGGGAAGAAGUCGUCGCCUGAUUACCAGGAGCUCGAAGAGGCGCGGGAUGCGGCAGGACUGGCCCUUACUGCGGAGCAAAAGGGGGACUGGGAGGCCUGUAUCACGCAAGCCGGAGUAGCGAUUUUGAAAGCAAAUACAGACCUGGUUCUUCGACAGGCUCGGGCACACUGUCGUUUUGAGCGAGGUGAGGUGGAGGAGGGCGUUAGCGACCUUGCGCAUGUCCUGCAGAUCUCCCCUGCCUUGAUAGAGCCCCAUCUGCAGAUGUCCGCCAUGCUGUUCUACGCACUCGGAGACAGCGAUCGGGGUUUAACUCAGAUCCGCAGAUGUCUUCAUACCGAUCCCGACUCGAAGCCCUGCAAUCGUCUUUAUCGGCGGGAGAAACAAUUGUCGAAGCUUCUCGGGAAACUCCAUAGUGCACUGGAGGCACACAAGUGGAGCAACGCGGUCAAGCUUCUGGUCAACAGUGGCGAUGACGCUGGUUUGAUCGAAGACGUCAAAGAGGAUGUCGCCGAGGCAAGGAAGGCCGGUCACAUUCACCAUGCCGCCUCGAAUAAUCUGUAUACCUUCCUGGUCGAGAAAACGUGUGAGGCUUAUCGGGCGAUGAAUAUGGCUAAGAAGGCUGGACCUUAUUGUGCCGAAUCCCUGCAAUUGGUCCCAUUCUCCCUUCAUGGUCUUUUAUACCAAGCACAAUCGGCACUUGAUGAGGAUCGAUUUGAGGAUGCAGUACGCACGCUCAACACAGCCAAGGAACAUCAUCCUCAUUCUCAGGACAUUCAGUCUCUUUUGCAGAAGGCACAUGCGCUUCUGAAACGUUCCAAGCAGAAGGACUAUUACAAAGUAUUAGGUGUGAGUCGCGAUGCAGACGAGCGUACGAUCAAACGGGCCUACCGUCAGUUGACCAAGAUUAACCAUCCGGACAAGGCCGCCACACAAGGUGUGUCCAAGGAGGCGGCGGAGAAGAAAAUGGCCUCCAUCAACGAGGCCUACGAGGUCCUGUCUGAUUCGGAACUUCGGACUCGGUAUGAUAAUGGGGACGAUCCAAAUGAUCCCGAGUCUCAGCGAGGAAACCCAUUCCAGCAAGGCAGUCCCUUCCAAGGUGCUGGUCAACAGUUCUUCUUCCAACAGGGUGGACCGCAGUUUAAAUUCUCUGGCGGAUUUCCCUUCCGUUGA